GCGCAAGCGGCGCGCGUCGAGCGGUUGCGUGCUUAAUUCGCAGCGUGUGGCACUUGCUAGCCGCGCUGCCGCGCUGCAACCACUGUCAUCGCUGCGGCCUCCGCUGUGCCCCGCAACGUAACCACCACUCACUGCCAAGCAGCACUCACUGGCCAGCAGUCGCCGCACGCCGCCGCCGCGCGCCCGCCAGCCCCAUGGCGGAGUCCAAGAAGGGCGACGUCGCGAGCCGCGCCAAGCAGCGCUUCCGCGAAUUACAAAAGAGGAACGAGGACGACGAGGAGGAGGUUGGUAUACGGGACUUCUCGUCCUUACCCCUCAAGGCGGACCACGCGCAACGACCGUUGUGGGUCUGUCCCGACGGCGCCGUCUUCUUAGAAGCCUCGUCGUCACUAUACGCGGCCGCCUACGACUUCUUGGUUGCUGUCGCAGAACCGGUGGCGCGACCGGAGCACGUCCACCAGUACAAGCUCACUCCACAUAGCCUGUACGCCGCGGUAGCUGUAGGAAUAACCCCAGCGAGCAUCUGUGACGUACUCGAUAAGCUCUCGAAGGUGAAGCUACCAGAAGACGUAAAAAAGUACAUCCUGCAGUGCACGAAAAAUUUCGGCCGGGCCAAAUUAGUGCUGAGGGACAACCGCCACCACGUGGAAAGCGGCGACGCGGCGGCGUUGCGAGAACUGUUAGCACAUAGACCCAUCCGGAAUUGUAGGGAUGAGCUCCCGGAGGACGGCGAUAGAUUCGAGGUCGGCACGGCCCAGCAGGAGAUCCAGGCGAAUCGAGCUUAUCUCGACAUUGACAUCGACGGGGAUAGUUCCGAGGAAGAAGAAAAAGUUUCCGAGAAUAUCAAUGCGCUGCGGACGUAUUCGUUCCGGUUGAAGCAGGGGACCGCGCAAGACGUGAAGAAGUACGCGUCCCAAGACUUGGACUUUCCCCUGGCCGAGGAGUAUGAUUUCCGGAGAGAUCCUUCUACGGCUACAUUGCCCAUUGAUCUACGGCCUUCCACAAAAAUCCGAAAUUACCAAGAGAAGUCUCUGUCAAAAAUGUUCGGCAACGGUCGCGCUCGUUCAGGGAUCAUCGUCCUGCCUUGUGGGGCUGGUAAAACGUUAACAGCGAUCGUGGCAGCUUCUACGGUGAAACGAUCCGUCUUAGUACUAUGUACGAACGCCACGGCAGUAUCACAAUGGAAGGCCCAAUUUGCUCUUUGGACCACCCUACCGGCAUCUAGGGUCUCGCUCUUCACGGCAGAAGUCAAAGAGGACCUGCACCCGGAGUGCGGCGUUUUAAUAACGACCUACCACAUGGUCACGUUCUCCGGGAAGCGAUCGGUGCGGGGUGAGGAGUUGAUCAAGCAGGUGCGCGAGCGCGAGUGGGGCCUCAUGUUACUAGAUGAAGUGCAUGUAGUACCCGCCCAGAUGUUCCGCAAAGUGUUAUCGUCCUGCAACGCCCACUGCAAACUAGGACUAACGGCGACGCUCGUCCGAGAAGACGACCUCAUCACGGACCUGAAUUUUUUAAUUGGCCCCAAGCUCUACGAGGCGAACUGGAUGGACCUGACGCAUGCGGGGCACCUCGCGAACGUCCAGUGCGUCGAAGUCUGGUGUCCCAUGACUGCUGCGUUUUAUCGCGAGUAUCUGAGACAUGGCGGGGCGGGCCUAGGGAACAAGGAGAGCGGUAUUGUUGUAAGUGGCGCGGGGCGGACGCGGCGGUUGCUGUACGUGCUGAACCCGACGAAGUUCAGAGCCUGCGAGUACCUUGUCCAUUUCCACGAGAAACGGGGCGACAAGGUCAUUGUUUUUUCGGACGACGUCUUUGCUUUAUUAGCUUAUGCGCGAGCGCUGGAGCGACCGGCCAUCUACGGUGCCACGAAAGAGUCCGAGAGGCAGGCUGUCCUUGGUUCUUUCAGAUUUAACCCCUUGGUCAAUACGGUAUGCCUGUCGAAAGUCGGGGACGUCGCUAUCGACUUACCAGAAGCGAAUGUGAUUGUGCAAGUGUCGUCGCACUUCGGUUCUAGACGCCAGGAGGCCCAGCGGCUAGGCCGUAUCUUGCGGCCGAAGGCGUCGGCCGAAGGUGGUGGAUUUAACGCCUUCUUCUACACUCUCGUAAGUACGGACACGACGGAGAUGUUCUACUCCACGAAACGCCAACAAUACUUGGUGGACCAGGGCUACACGUUCAAGGUCGUGACGGACCUGCCGCAGCCGACGCUGUCGGCCCUCGCGUCAGAACAAGAUGAAAUUGAUUUAUUGAAUCAGGUCCUGAACGCCGACGCUCUGAAGGAAGAAGCGGAAGAGGAGAAGGCGUUGGCGAAAGCUGCCAAGGACGACAUCGCGCCGCGGCGGACGCAAGUCUCGCUCGCGUCGAUGGCGGGGGGCGACGGCGUGCGCUACCUCGAGUACGGGUCUACCGACGCGCCGAAGCAAAAGCCGAAGCGGCACAAGCUGUUUCGCGGGAGGAAGUAAAUUGUAUUGGUAAGC